AUGGCACAAUCGGAAGCUAAUGGACUCUUUGCGAUGGUGGCACUCAACUACCAAGGGGUAUUUAAUCGAAAUCCUUUCUCUUACACUGGUGGUGUUAAAACCAUCUUCAAUGAUGUCGACUUUUCUUCUAUGACUUAUUCUGAGUUUGUGACCUUCUGCGAACGUUUCAUGCAUGAAGAAUGUAAAAAGUUUUACUACUGUGAACCAGAAAUGUCCUUCAUGGAAGGCCUUAAUCCCAUUUCAGAUGAUGUGGAAUAUUCUGCUUUUAUUUUUUAUGCUUAUGGAACAGAUGGUGUAAUUUCGGUUUAUGUGGAUCAUAUUGGGGUUGGUGUUGAUGGGUGGCAUGAUGAUGAAGAUAAUGAUGAUGAUGAACAUGAGUCUUGUAUUGAUGGUGAAAAUGAAGACAACAUAGAUGAACUUAGAAAUGUUGCCUUUGAAUUUAAUAAGGAUGUAGUGCAUAUGAAUAAGACAUCAAAUGAUCCUUUCUUGAGUAAGCUAUGUGUUGAUGAUGAGGAUGCAAACAACAUUGUAGAUGAUGACAAUGGGAGAGAAGUUGAAGUUAACAUACAAGCUCAUUCCAUAUUUAAUGAGCUAUUACACUGGAAAAAACAAAAUCCAAUUCUAGGGAUGAGAUUUAAGGGUCCAGGGCAAGUAAAAUCAAUGUUGUGUAACUAUGCUGUAGCUAAUGGAUAUCAAUUGUGUUUUGAAAAAAAUGAUCGGACAAGACUUUUGGUGAGGUGUAGCAAAGGUGUUUGUAAGGGAGAAUUGCUUUGUGCUAUUGGGAGGGAUGCAAAUGACAAGAUAUAUCCUAUUGCUUGGGCGGUGGUUAAUGUGGAGAACAAGCAGAAUUGGAAGUGGUUUCUAGAGCUUCUCAUUGAUGAUCUACACUUGAAUUUAGGCAAUGGUUUCAGUUUAAUGUCAGACCAACAUAAGGGUUUGAUAGAGGCUGUUAAAGAGUUGCUGCCAUAUGUAGAGCACAGGCAGUGUGCUAGACAUAUUUGCCAGAAUUUGCAGAAGAAAUUUACUGGUGCCAUAUAUCAUACCUUGUUUUGGAGAGCAUCUAAAGCCACAACUGAGCAUGCUUUUAAAGUUGUGAUGAAAGAAAUUGAGACAUUGAACCCAGAAGCCCAUCAAUAUCUCAUGGAGAAAGAUCCUAAAACAUGGUCUAGAGCUUUCUUUCAAACUGGAAGGUGUUGUGAUGCAGUUGAAAAUGGGUUCUCAGAAAGUUUUAAUGCUGUAAUAGUAGAUGCUAGGAAGAAACCCAUAAUAACCAUGUUAGAGGAGAUAAGAUUAUACAUGAUGGACAGAAUCUACAACAUGAAAUUAAAGGGACAACAAUGGGGAAAUCAUAUUUGUCCAGAGAUAAUGGAUAAGGUGAAUUUGCUUAAAAAAGCUCAAAGGCAUUAUCAGGUACUACCAAGUGGAUUAAACCAGUUUGAGGUAAGGGGAACAAUAGAUGCAUAUGAGGUGGACUUAGAAAGAAAAACAUGCUCAUGUAGAUUGUGGCAAUUGAAUGGAUAUGGAUGUGCUCAUUCUGUAGCUAGCAUAUCCUUUCUUAAUAGGGAUGUAGAAGCCUAUGUAGACAACAUGUUUAGCACAACCACAUUUAGAAAGGCAUACAAUUACAGAAUUGCUCCCAUGAAUAGCAGUGACAUGUGGCUAGAGACAAACUAUACUCCACCAUUGCCUCCUAUUAAUAGAAGGAUGCCUGGUAGGCCAACUACUAAGAGGAAGAAAUCCACUACAGAGAAUACAAGAACACACAGGGUUUCUAAGGCUGGAAAGAAAAUCAUAUGUAGUAUUUUCAAGGAGAUAGGUCACAACAAGGCCACUUGUCCACGGAGAAGGCCCCACAAGUUAAAUGUGAAGAAACAUAAGAAACAAAAAGUAUGUGUGAACCAAAAUGCAGGACAGGGUAGUACAAGUGAACCACAACAACAUGAAGAGUUUGAAAUGACUCCAAUUGAGAUGGAUACUACUCAAAAUGAUAUGCAAGUUGCUCCUACUGAUGUUGAAUCUAGUAGUGCAGGGGAUUUUAUUCAAUAUGUGCAAUUCACUCCACCUAGAAGUUAUGAAGGUGAUGAGGGUGUUAUGGGUGAGGAAGCUGAUGUGGUUGAGGAAGCUGUUGUGGUUGAGCAAGUUGUUCAAGAUGAGGAGGCUGAGGAGGUUGAUCCUGUUAUACAAGUUGAUAAUGUAAAUGUUCAGGAGGUUGAUGAGGUUAAUCAUAAUGCCCAAGUGGAUAAUGGUAAUGUUCAGGAGGUUGCUCCUGUUAACCAAGUUCAGCAAGUUUGUGUCAGGCCAAUUUCAGAUAUUUUGAAGAGGAUAAGGAGAAGAAAGUCAGAGAGAAUACUAAAGCUGAAAUUAGGCAAAACAAUUGGUGGUGUUGAUGAUCCAGGAAAUUCGAAGGGAAAAGCUCUUGUAAUUGAUUAG